AUGGCCAUGGAGGGAAACCCGCCAUGCGCAUCUGUUCAACGCCGCACAGAUGGGGCGGACCCGCGGCUCCUGGGCCGCUGCAUGGAUGGCCGGCAGUCGUUGCAGAAGGAGGAGCAAGCUGAUGGUCGCCAGGCGAAGCGAUUCGAGGCCAUGGCCGGUUUGGGAGCGUUUAUAAAGGUUCCGCAAGCGUCAGUGGGCGCCGGCUGGGCCCUGGUCCUUCGGGAGGCCCGCGUGCGCUCCACGAAGCACAAGAGCAGCGAGCUUGUGGGCACCUUGGAGGAGGGAGGCUGGGUUCUGGUGGAGGAGGUUUCCUCAAAAUCCGCUCGCAUCCAGGAGCCUCUUGCUGGGUGGAUUGCCUUGGAGAGAUCUUCGGGGCCCAUCCUCCAACAGCAUCCCUGGCAGCGCGUCGUCCACUCUUUGGGCGGUCGGAAAGCUGGGACGAUGGCUACUGCCACUGUCAAGAGCACUUCAGAAGACGCCGCACUCGCCCAGCUACAGGCUUCCAGCGAGCUUCUUCCAGCAGCGCGUACCUCCACAGCACCUUCCUCGCAAGCGUCUCCGGCGGCCCCCACUCACAGCCUGCAGCUACUGGUACUGCCCCAGCCGGGCUGGGAGAUGAUCUACGCCCGUUUCGAGACGCCGGUAGAGAGGACCUCACCUUCCUGGCAUCCAUCUUCGGCGCUGCAGGUUCUGCCAAAGCCGGCUUGGGACCUGAUCUACCGCCGCUUCUCGAUGCCAGCAGAGAAGACCUUCGAGACACUUUGCUGGCAAACAACUUGGCCGCAAACCUUGCAGGUGUUGCCCCAACCAGCAUGGCAGGUCAUCCACGCGCACUUCUCGACGGCAGCGGAGAUGCCAGCAGACGGGAGCUCAAGAGCACCAUGCUGGCAACCGUCUUGGGCGGACACCCUGCAGGUCUUGCCGCAACCGGCUUGGGAGGUGAUCCAUGCCCGCUUCCCCGCGCCAGCGAAGAGGACCUCAACAACACCACCUUCACCAAGCUCCUGGGCGCGCGCCCUGCAUGUCCUUCCCAGGACCACGUUGCAGAGGACUAGAUCAGCUUGGGAGGCAAUCUACACUCGUUUCCGGCCAGCAGCGCCCGCAGAGAAAACCUCUCCGACACCUUCCUCCCAGGCAUCUGCAUCGCCGGCGGGGGGGGCUUCCACAGCGCUUGUCUCGCGAGCAUAUUGGGGGUGUGCUUUGCAGGUGAUGCCGAAGCCGGCUUGGGACAGUAUCUAUGCACGCUUCCCGACAACGCGGUCCUCGCAAACAUCUACGCUGAAGGUUCUGCCAAAGCCGGGUUGGGACCUGAUCUACGCAAGGUUCGCGAUGCCAGCAGAAAGCACAUCCACGACACCUUACUGGGAGACCUGUUGGGCGCUGCAGGUGUUGCCGCAACCGGCGUGGGAGGAGAUCUACGCUCACUUCCCAAUGUCAGCAGAGAGGACUCGGACAUCACCAUCGUUUCAAACAUCUUGGCCGCGAACAUCUUCCCAUGCAGCUUGGAUGCUGCAGGCGUUGCCCCAGCCGGCGUGGGAGGAGAUCUACGCCCGCUUCCCAAUGCCAGCGGAGAGAAGCUCCCCAACAUCUUCCCAAGCAUCUUGGGCGCUGCAGGUUCUGCCAAAGCCGGCUUGGGACCUGAUCUACCGCCGCUUCUCGACGCCAGCAGAGAAGGCCUUCGAGACACUUUGCUGGCAAACAACUUGGCCGCAAACCUUGCAGGUGUUGCCCCAACCGGCAUGGCAGGUCAUCCACGCGCACUUCUCGACGGCAGCGGAGAUGCCAGCAGACGGGAGCUCAAGAGCACCAUGCUGGCAACCGUCUUGGGCGGACACCCUGCAGGUCUUGCCGCAACCGGCUUGGGAGGUGAUCCAUGCCCGCUUCCCCGCGCCAGCGAAGAGGACCUCAACAACACCACCUUCACCAAGCUCCUGGGCGCGCGCCCUGCAUGUCCUUCCCAGGACCACGUUGCAGAGGACCAGAUCAGCUUGGGAGGCAAUCUACACUCGUUUCCGGCCAGCAGCGCCCGCAGAGAAAACCUCUCCGACACCUUCCUCCCAGGCAUCUGCAUCGCCGGCGGGGGGGGCUUCCACAGCGCUUGUCUCGCGAGCAUAUUGGGGGUGUGCUUUGCAGGUGAUGCCGAAGCCGGCUUGGGACAGUAUCUAUGCACGCUUCCCGACAACGCGGUCCUCGCAAACAUCUACGCUGAAGGUUCUGCCAAAGCCGGGUUGGGACCUGAUCUACGCAAGGUUCGCGAUGCCAGCAGAAAGCACAUCCACGACACCUUACUGGGAGACCUGUUGGGCGCUGCAGGUGUUGCCGCAACCGGCGUGGGAGGAGAUCUACGCUCACUUCCCAAUGUCAGCAGAGAGGACUCGGACAUCACCAUCGUUUCAAACAUCUUGGCCGCGAACAUCUUCCCAUGCAGCUUGGAUGCUGCAGGCGUUGCCCCAGCCGGCGUGGGAGGAGAUCUACGCCCGCUUCCCAAUGCCAGCGGAGAGAAGCUCCCCAACAUCUUCCCAAGCAUCUUGGGCGCUGCAGGUUCUGCCAAAGCCGGCUUGGGACCUGAUCUACCUCCGCUUCUCGAUGCCAGCAGAGAAGACCUCCGGGACACCUUGCUGGCAGACAUCUUGUGCGCUGCAGGAGUUGCCCCAACCGGCGUGGGAGGUGAUAUACACCCGUUUCCUGAUGCCAGCAGAGAGGACUCGGACGGUUACAUCACCUUUGUUUGAAUCAUCCUGGCCGCGCACCUUGCAGCUGCUUCCUCCGACUGCGUGGCAGGCGAUCUACGCCAGGUUCGCCGCCACCAGGAGCACGGGAACUUGCCAAACAUCCCGCCCACCCUCGCAGCCAACCAGCUGGUGGGCCGCGCUGCACGCAACUUCGCAGCAGAUGCUGUGCUGUGCGCGCAUGAAGUAG